CGACAGAAGGCGUCUCCGUGAUUUUCUGUUGUAGAAUGCAGUAAAUCGCAGCGCAUCACGCCGUUAAGGGUAUGUAGUAGUCAGGCACACCCGAUCACAGCACACUGGCUCGUUUCAUAUAAAGUAUUGAGGCGCCGUUGUACGGUGCCUCAGUAUCUUGAGAGUCGCGUAUCGUUGAACACACUUUAAGCUAGCGAGUGCUCUUGGUAAUUAAAAUGGUAAAGGAACAACUUAAUUUGCAGGUGUUUUAAGACGACAAAAAAAUGGUUUAUCGUUGGCGUUAUUUGCGCCAAUUGCUUGUUGUUGUAUUGUACGUUACAAUUGGACUAUCAGGAGCAACAGCAAAUAAUUUACUUACCGUCAACACUCACGACUUGACAGUGUUGGUAAAUGACAAUAAAAGUUUUGUGGUUUAUGUCAGCGAAGACCUAACGGAAGACAUCUCAGUAACUCUGAUCAAACAGUAUGACAAUCAUUUGGAUUUGGAUCCCGAAUCUUUUAUAUGCCUCAAAGGCACUUCAGCCCAACAAACUGUUGUUGUAACGGGUCUAGCGGCGGGUCAUGUGGAGGUUACAGCGAAGAGCAACUCUAACGACUUAUCAAUCACUGAAAAUGUUUUUGUUCGUGUCCUUGUGGCCAAGUCGAAUGCCAUAAUCUAUGCUUCCAUUGUUUUUGGCUGGAUAUAUUUUGUGGCCUGGUCCGUGUCGUUUUAUCCACAAAUCUGGAUCAACUAUAGGCGUAAAUCGGUUGAGGGCUUAAACUUCGAUUUUCUAGCACUGAAUAUUGUUGGCUUCACUCUGUAUAGCAUGUUCAACUGCGGACUCUUCUUUAUCAAAAGUCUACAAGACGAAUAUAGCGAACGACAUCCGCGCGGCGUUAAUCCGGUUAUGCUGAAUGAUGUCGUCUUCUCAUUGCAUGCCAUGUUUGCAACAUGCAUUACAAUCGGACAGUGCUUCAGAUAUGAGCGUGGACAGCAACGAGUAUCAAGGAUCGCAUAUGGUCUCUUGUUGAUAUUUGCGCUUUUGGUAAUCAUAUCAAUGGGACUGGCUGGUGGCUCUGUUAUACACUGGCUAGAUUUUCUAUACUACUGCAGCUAUAUCAAAUUGACGAUUACAAUUAUUAAAUAUAUUCCACAAGCGCUAAUGAACUAUAAGAGAAAAAGUACUGAGGGAUGGAGUAUUGGUAAUAUUUUAUUGGACUUUACUGGUGGCACACUGAGUAUGCUACAAAUGUUAUUAAAUGCUCAUAAUUAUGAUGAUUGGGCUUCAAUAUUUGGUGACCCAACCAAGUUUGGCCUUGGCCUUUUCUCAGUGCUCUUUGACGUAUUUUUCAUGCUUCAACAUUACGUAUUUUACAGGCAUUCCAACAAACGGGCGGAAACAGUUUCAGAUUUAACGACAGACACUGCGGCACCAAACGAUGUUCAUAUUGAUACAACAAUCAAAUAGAGUUAGGCGGAAUAUUCAUAUUAUUGUUGACUGUUGAACGUUGAAAGUUUG